AUGGGUGAGUAUUUGCAGUUUUCGACUACCAAAACAUCCUGAAGAAAUUGCAGGGCUUUCGCUCAGCGCCGGGCUGGUUUCCGCGUGCUUGCCGGUGUCCUACGUGCUUCUGGUGCACGUUUUCGACCGAAACGGAACGGAUCGCAAUGAUCCGGACUCGAUUCAACGCAGGUAUCGUCUAGAAAUCAUUUGCAAAAAUGUUUCCAUUUUUCAGAUUCCGCGGAGCUUUUUUGAGCAAUUUAAUAUCGAUAGCAGUUACAGCAUAUUAUCUAUUAGAAGUACGUCUUGUUCCUAUAUAUUUUCAAAUAAGAAACCAUUGUUUUUCCAGUACACAAAUUCGCCGCUUCUAGAAAUGGGAAUUCGAUGGGACAACAUCAGCCAAUCGAUCGUUUUUCCCUUUGUUUUAAUGCACUCCUUUUAUUUUGGACAAUUUGUCAUGAUGUACAUCGACAGAACGCUUUGGCACUAUUUGGGUACCGAAAAAGAUUCGUUUUGAAAAAAUAACAGCGUUUUCCAGAUUCGUACGAAUGGAAAACUUGCUGGAAUAGUUGGGUUUGGCGCAGAGAUAUUCUUGUGGUAAGAAUUCGAAAAAAGUCGUGUUCUAAAAUCGAAAAAAGUGGUUUCCAGGGCCCACUAACCGAGGAAAUCGUGUUCCGAUGUUGUUCGUCGACUCUGAUGGCCCACAUCUGGGGCGCGCCGCUCACGAUCCUUCUGAAUCCCAUUCCAUUCGCCGCGUCGCACUUUCAUCACAUUUGGGACGAUCAGCGUAAAGGGUACUCGCUGGCACACUCUAUUUUGCAAAGAGGUACAUAAUUGACCAAAAAUAAUAUCCUUCAAGAAAUGUCGUUUAGGCUUCCAGUUCUGUUACACGUACGUCUUCGGCAUGUUUGCCACGUAUCUCCAGUUGACGACCCGCCACGCCGUCGUUCCGAUCAUUGCGCACUCGAUUUGUAACGCACAGGGACUGCCGUUGUGGAUGGAAAUUGGUAAGGGAAAAGACAAUAAAUAGCCCAUCCUAACUUUGUAUUUGAAAUCCCUCUUUGAAAAGUUUGUGACUAGGACAAUGUUAAGUGCAUUUCUAUUAUUAUUACAGUGGGGUACUGUCAUCAAAUGGUGCCGCCCGAAAGGGAAAUGAUCAAAGAGAACGUUGUGCAAUUUGGAAUUCAAUUAGUUUUGAACUUUUGGCGCUACUCUACAGGAUGACGCAUUGUUACCUAGACUUACCGGGGAUAAAUUGGUUUUUUAGAAUGAGACAUACAUGGUUCGAAAGAUAUCGUUUUUAGGAUUGCAAAAAUGGAGAACACGUUUGUAACAAUCUUAAGAACAUGACCUAUCGAGCCAUUUAAGUCGUGAAAACUAAGAAAUCCUUAGCGAGUGAAGGUAACUAUGCGUAAUCCUGUCCAAAACUAAUUGAAUUCCAAAUUGCACAAGCACCUCUUUGAUCAUUUCCUUUUCGGGCGGCACCAUUUGAUGACUGUACCCCACUGUACACACGGAACACUUUACAUUGUCCCCAUUUCUUUCGAUGCGUGACUCACUCCGUUUCUUGCAGCCAACUACCCGAAACGCCGUGAUCGAUGGACCCUCUAUCUGGCCUACGGCGCCGGAUUUUCCGCAUUCGUCUACCUGUUGUGGUCCCAAAAAGGAAUGCCUCGACCCUAA